AUCCUCCUCAAAUACCCCUCCCUCAUACACGCCACCGGCCGAAACAGUCUCUUCCCAUUCUGCUUUGCAUCUACAAGCGAAGAUGCAGAUCUUCGUGAAAACCUUGACGGGUAAGACAAUAACCCUCGAGGUUGAGUCCUCAGACACGAUCGAUAAUGUCAAGGCCAAGAUUCAAGACAAGGAGGGCAUCCCACCAGACCAACAGCGUCUCAUUUUCGCUGGAAAACAGCUCGAGGAUGGCCGCACGCUUGCUGACUACAACAUCCAGAAGGAGUCCACUCUCCACUUGGUGCUUCGGUUGAGGGGUGGUGCCAAGAAGAGAAAGAAGAAGACCUACACCAAGCCCAAGAAGAUCAAGCACAAGAAGAAGAAGGUCAAGCUUUCUGUCCUCCAGUUCUACAAGGUUGAUGAUAGCGGCAAAGUCCAGAGAUUGAGGAAGGAGUGCCCUAAUGCUGAGUGCGGUGCUGGAACUUUCAUGGCUAAUCAUUUUGAUAGGCACUACUGUGGUAAGUGUGGGCUUACCUAUGUUUACCAGAAGGCUGGUGGUGAUUAAGCUUACUCGAAUGGUUCUUUAGCUUCUUUUUUCGUUUUAAAGUAUCGAAGAAGGAUUUUGGCCAAUUUCUCUAUUUAGAACAUGUUUGAUGUUGGACAUAAUAGUUAUGUUUUCUUGGUAAUGGUUAA